AUGGAUGAGGAGUGGUGGGGGCUGGCGGGGUUUUUUACCGCUCUCAUGGCGGUGCCCUUCAAGGCCAUGCGGGUCACAGACUCCUCGGCGAAGGGGAUGAUGGGUAAGAUGUAUGAUAUCAUGCUACAGCUUACCGAAGACAUCAAUGAUAAGUUGGAUGAUGCAGGCGAUUUCAUGAGUCGGGCGGAAAAGGCAGAGAUCACCCGGAUUGUGAAGGACAGGCGUGGCAAGGAUGGCGCCCCUCGCCGCGCCUCCCUUGUGCUGCAGGAGGCACUGCUGGCUUACAUCAACAUGGAGGGCAGCUUUGGCACGCCAGGCGCCAUAUCUGCAAGGGAGGCAGUGAAGAAGGGGGAGAUGACCAUGGUGCAGUGGUGGUCGUGGCACAGCACCGAGUACCCUGAGCUUGCCACCCUCGCAUGCCGGGUGCUCACUCAGCCCGUCUCGGCUUCCCCAUGCGAACAUGGCUGGGCACAGUGGGAAGGCGUCCACACCGCCCGCUGCAACCGGCUCAGGUCCGCUGCGGACCUCGUCUACAUUGCGCACAACUGGAACGAUGUGCGCAAUUGGUACAAUAAGGAUGGGGACAGCACGGUUAUGCCCGGUAACAUCCCGUAUGCCCCUAUCCCCCCUAGCUAUAACAUGGAUGAGGAGGAGGAUGACAUGCUGGGGGCGGAAGGAGAGGAUGCAGUUCUGGCGGAUGAGUAUGGGGAAGGGGCGGUGUUGGAAAAGCCCCGCAAGGAAAUCUAG